GCGAGGAGUGUCUUAGCAGCUCAGAACUUGGCUUCCCUUUCGUGGCUGAGCUACACAGAGAAUGUCACGAUUCCAACAACUUCGAGCGCUAUCUCAUCAGGCACUACUUUGAGAACACCAAGACACCGUAUCGACCCCUGCAGGAAGCCUCCGGAUUUUGCCUCUAUGGCUACCUCACGGCGCUCAUGGUGCUGGCUUGGCACAGGCUCCCAGAGAAGGUGGGUGAUGCCUUGCGCUACGUCUACACUGCCAAGCACCUCCUGGGCCACUACCAUUCCUUCGACUUUCUGGAGUCAUCCUCUUGGCCCGUUUCGUCAUUCUUGAUCCUGGUGAAUUUUCACGCCGGCGGCACCUGGGUGCCGCUUACAGAAGCUCCGGAGUACGCGCACCCUGGACAGUACGACGCGGCCUUUUACUACGAGCGGCUGUGGUGGCAAGAGACAGCGGAGGCCUCCAAACCGAUGCCGGGAGCUGCUCCCUUCUGGCCUUUGCCGGGACGCCCCGAGCUCAAGUGGCGUGGCCUGGGAUCCAGUCGUCGAUUGGUGGUGUGGCAGUUCUGCAUCCACACGUCGACGGCCGGAGAGGCGGUCACAAUGAUCAACCGAUUCCUGCCAGACUUUGCUGUGGAGUUCUGGGGCAACUCUUUGGCGAUGCAGUUGUGCUCCAACUACCAGCCGCCACUUUGUGCAAGUGGUCGCAAUAUGGAAUUUCUAGACUGGCUGUCGGCACGAUUCGAGGCGGAGGACACUCCAUAUGUUGAGCUGUCGAAUCGCUUCCAAGAAGAGCUUCUGCCAGAACUUUCCAGAGCUGAUGUUUGGAUGUGUUCGAUUCCGGCAGUCUGGUGUCGACUGCUGUGGGAUGCCAUGUCAAAGUUCACGGAAUCGCCACCCAAGCCGAUCUUCGCUUAUCUAGGCCUGCCGAUUCUGCAGUACGUGAGCCGGCCCGAGCGUGAGGAUUUCCUGCACGCCUUCGUGAAGAUGGCCCAGCACGAGUGGACCAUCGUGGCUGCCAACAACGCGUACCUGGCCGAGGAGGUGGCCUGGCAGACGGGGGUGAGGAUCCCCACACUGCGCAUUCACGGGCUGCACACCAACGCCACCUACCUGCCUCUGCGCAACCGCGAGGUGCUGGUCUCCCGCCCUGGUACCAGCGGGGGCUGGCAGGAAUGCAUCCUGAACCGCUUUGUGGAUGCGAAUCCUGAGUAUCCUUUGCGCUUUGUGCAGUUCACCGACAUGUUGAAUCCUCACACUACAGAGGAGGUUUACAACAACACCCUCUCAUACCAGUCCCUCGCAGAAUUUCGAGCAGUGGUGGGUUUUCCCUAUGACACCUCCUUGAUGUUUUUCUGGGAGUUCUACUCCAUGAACAUGCCAAUGUUCGUGCCAUUCCAGCUGUGGCAUUGGGGUGUUUUUGGUCAGCAUACCCGCCCAGAUCUUGAACAGCCGAGAAUCUUCCCCGAAUCAGGCCGUGUCAAGCUGCUGACAGAGGAGGAACGGGUGCCUUACUCGCCAUUCUUCGACGGAUUCGGUCCACUCGACAUAGAGCGCUCCCUCUACUGGUCCAAGUUCACAGACUGGGCCAUGUUCCCGCACGUGCAGUACUUUAGGUCAAUACCAGAUCUCAUGUCUCAACUUCUGAACAUUAACUUGCAGGCGGUUUCUGCAGUUAUGAAGCGCUUCAAUGAGGAGUCUUUGGUGAGAAGUGUUGCAGCUUGGCGUUAUGUGGUUGAACGCUGGCACGAUGUGGAGACCUUCACAGAGUGGCCGCUUGAUCCAGAAGCAGACGCGAGCAUUGGAAGAAAGCCUUGA